AUGGAGCUGCUCACCAGGGACAAGGGCUCCGUAGUCCAGCUGCAGUUUCUCAUGGUGCCAGGCCCGGUGCAGCCCCGUCGGCUGCGCUCUCUCUGCAGAAAAGGAUUUUUACUCCCCCUGCCCAUCACUUGGAUCUUGUCUGGGGAGGGACGGAUUUUUGCUGGAAGCCCCGGGCCUGCCGCGCUCCGCCGCCGGGAAGGAUUCGAGGCUGGGCUCCGAUCGAGGCGGAGGCUGCAGGGCCCGCGGGGCGCACCCCGCCCCGCGCACGCUGGCCGGAGCCCUGGCGGCGCAGCCCCGGGGGGCUCCCUGAACCCGCGGGAGGCAGUGAAGCAACUGAGACAGGAGUGGGAACCACAGUCCAGCAGGACACCUGAGUUUCUGGAAGCAGCCAUGUUUACAAUCCAGCCCAUAGUCUGUGAUUCUUACUGUGUGAUGCCAGGGCGUGACUCCACCUCUCUGGACCUCCAGUGCCUCAUACAUGACCCACAGCUUGGACUAGAAGUUUCCCAAAUCUCUCAUGCACAUCUGCUCUAUGACUUUAAAAGACUCUUCCAUGGACUGGCUAUGCAACGCCUGGUAGACGGCUUCUCUUCUUGCCUCAAUUUCCUCGCCUAUGUGCACUAGAACAACAGGGUACACACAGAGCUUCAAUGAGAAUAAAAUGAACAGGCAUCUAUGAAGAGCUAAGGACAGUGCCCAGCGGUGCUGUGUGUCUUAUCUUAGCUGCUCUAUAAGAACAAUAAAACAGCAGCUAUUAUUAUAAGGUGACCUGCACCCAUCCGAGCAAGCUGAGAGCUUCAGGAAUAUGGCUGAGCUUGUCCCCUCUGCCCCCGCCAAGCACCAUAGUCACAACCAACUCUCUGGUGUCCUUACUGAUGUCGGAAUGGGGACACUGAAGCUCAUUCCUCUGAAGAGCCGCGUUGGAGAGACAAGAAGUUUGCACCCAGGUUCAGGACCACUUUUCAAGUAAGGAGUCCACACGUGUUUAAAGCUGCGUACCCGUCCUCCUGAAUGUCUUAAUUCCUUGGAACAAAGGGGUCUCACAGUUCAAUCCUGACUUGAUGUUACUUGCUCUGAAGUUGUUACUCUCAACUAUUGCCAUCAGUAGCCUACAUGGCUGGGUGCAGAUUUUCCAGUUUAUCAACAUAUGAGACAUGAUCGAAAAAU